UCAGUUUAGUUCGGUCUCGUGUCGGUUCUGUUGUUGAAGUCCAAACGUGGCGCUGCUCGUUACUUCAAUAAAUUCAAGUCGUGCUGCUCCUGUUGAUGGAGAAACACCUCGUGUUUUAAUCCCCUCAGGCUCGUCUGCCAGGUGUGCAUCCUUUGACAAGUCUAUACACUGCACCUUUGACAUGGUCAACAUGAAGAUUGAGAGGGAGGACAUCAUUUUUCAGGCUCUCCUCUUCAUCCACAUCCCUGUGGCCUGCCUCUUCACUGCAGUGUCAGCUCAGGCCGACAGCAGCAGCAGCGUGGUGGUGGCGGGGUACAACGUGAGCGCCCCGGCUGGGUCAAGGGUGUUGCUGCAGUGCGUGAGCGGCCGGAUGGUGUGGACCAGGGACAGGGUGAGGGACAGACAGAGGGUGCUCCACUGGGACCUGUACAGAGCCAGUCCAGACUACACCAUGGAGAGGGUGGUGGACAUGUUCUCAGCGGGGGACCAGAGGAUCUACAACUCCUAUAACCUGGACAGGGUCAGCCUCAGCCGGACCGCCUUCAAGGAUGGAAACUUCUCUCUGGUCAUCAAAGACGUGACUAUGAACGACCGAGGUCUGUACUCUUGUAACCUCCACCAUCUCUACUGCCACCUGUAUGAAACAGUCCGGGUGCAGCUCAAUGUUACUAAAUCCCGUCGUAAAGAACAGCGCUACUGGGAUGGACACAAAGCGGUGUAUGUGGUGCUACUUGGCAGCACCGUGGUUCUGCCGUGCGUCAACCGACGUAAUGUGUGGACGGACUGGACCAAUGAGGAAGAGGACCAGCAGGUGGUUCACUGGGACAGACAGUCUCCAGGAGUCCGGCAUGACCGCGCAGACCGGCUGGUGGACCUGUACGCCUCCGGGGAACAGCGUAGCUAUGGACCUCUGUUCCUCCAGAGGAAGAUGAACAUCAGCAACCAAGCCUUCUCGGAGGGGGACUUUUCACUUGCUAUAUCUGAUCUGAAGCCCACUGAUCAGGGGAAGUAUUCCUGCCAUCUCCACCAUCACUACUGUGGCCUACAUGAAAGAAGAGAGUUUCAGGUUACAGUGGAACCACCAGUGAUACAGCCCACCCUGCCAGCCAAGGCACUGCCCAGUGAAGACAAAGACACCACUAAGGCUGAAUCACCGCGAGUCAUCAAUGUGAUCCUCCCUGAGCAGAGACACCACUUUCUCCUGCCGCUCGGCUACGUCCUCACCUCCUUCCUGCUCCUGGCCUUCAUCAUCCUCAUCAUCAUCCUCAUCACACGCAGACGUAGAACCAAAGAGUAUCACCCACAGGUGUCUAUAAGGUCCAGCAGAAGUCAGAGCAGCUCAGAGGAGUUUGAGAUGGACGUCCCUGAAGUGAAUGUGUGCAGUCGGGAGGAGAAAAGAUUUGAGUACAAGAACAACCUGCUGAAAGAGAAGGUGCACAUAAUCUCUCAGCCCAAAGUCAUUGAUCUUGACAAAGAGAUGCAGAAGUUUUCUAAGUGACCACAUGACAAAAAUAGAAGUGAAGCUGAGGUCACUGGCUGGUCCAGAUCCAUAGUGAACACCUUCACCCUUCUCUGUGUCCUGACGCGACACAAAGCAAGAAAAGAAAAGGUUGUGAAAAGCAGAAAACAUGUCUUCAAAGUAUCAGCACUACAGACAAAAUAAAAAGUGUUUUUGUUUUUUAAUUUUUUGUACUUGAGCAUACUUAAAAUACUGGACUUUGAUACAUUUGCGCUUUACACUUACGCCACCUAGAGGGGAGUUGAAACAAAGCCCUAAAUUGAACAUGAAAAAUGUGCAAAUUAUUUUAAUUAUCUGGAUGAAGUUCACUGAUUUGAAUAAUCAGUUAUUACAGUGUUGAUCAUUAUUCCGAGAGUAUGAUAAACAUGUGUUUCUUCUGUUUUACUGUCAUAUCAUCUCAGCUUUACUGACACGCCCACUGAAGAACAACCAUCAGUGUGUACCACCUCCUGCAGGCUAAUAUUAACUGUAUGCUAACUGACCAAUCAAGCAUUGCAAGACAUUAUGAUUGAUCUUGAUGCUCGGACUGUAUUUUUUGUGGAAUGUACAUUUUACAUGAAAUGUUUUUUUGUUUGAUGCUGAUGUUGAAAUGGGGAGAGGGUUUUAUAUGAUUUGUUUUCUCCUUGUGUUCAAAUCAUCUUGUCAAGAUCACAUCCUAUUGUUCACUGAAUAUGGACUGAAACAAUGGUGGGAGUUGUUUUUACUGCAGACAUUUUUGACUUGCCAGAGGAGAAAAAUACAGAUGUAAUUAAAAACAUCAACAAGUGUCUGAGUGUGACUGUGAGAAAAUUGUCAACUCUGACUCUGGCAAGAAGCAGUGACACAUUUAGCCCUCCUAAACUUUGACUUUGUUCAGCUGUGCUUUUCCUUUUUUUGAAAUGUCAGAAUGUACUUUAUGAUGAAGAUCUUUAGUAAAUCUGUAAUUCACAAACAUAUUUUUCAUUCACCUGUUUGGAUGUUGGGAGUAGAAUCAAGCAUCUUCAUAUUUUAGAUUUCACUGACAUGUUCGUUUGAUGCACGGAAUGUCACCUGGUUCAACAGAACUACUUGUCUACAUGAGAAGAGACGGUGACCUUAUGCCUUCUGCUCAUUUUAGAUGCUUGCUUGUCUUUUCAUUUGGUGGGCUACCUUUAAAGGGAACUACACACUCAAAGUGAUUUGCUGAACACAGGUCAUGUUUGCACUGUUGUAAGAUCAGUAUUUUGAAAAACUGAGGAGAUGCUUAAAACACCAUCCCAUCAGAUUAAGACAUUUAUGACCAACCAAAAGAUAGAACAGUGUUAUUGUGUUAUUGCAAAUCUUAUUUUUCCCUCCCUCACCUCAUCCCAGCCUUGUCCGGCAUCCGCUGGUGUGAGGGUGGCAUUGAAUGAAUGACUGCAUAAUAAAUACAGAAAUAAAUACAA